CAUUAAUGUUUUUGCCAACUCCAAGUUGUGCAUUAAUGUUUUUGCCAACUCCCAGUUCCCCCAAAAUAAAAGUAGGAAAAGUGUCUACCAAACUCGUCCUUCCAUCUCCAGAUCUCUGCACUCACUCAGUCUCUAGAAUUGACUCUCCUUGUUGGUGAUGUCGAGAGAAAGUAGCACAAUUGAGUGCAGCGAUGGCGUAAAGCUGGACGCUCGGAUCUUCAGACCAAGAAGCAGGCAGGGGGAGGAGGAGGAGGAUGAGAGUGAAAAGGGGGGUUGGGGCAUUGUGCUAGUCCAUCCAUACUCUGUGCUGGGAGGUAGUCAAGGUCUGAUGAAGGGCAUAGCUCGUGGUCUUGCCGACAGAGGCUUCACUGCUGUCACCUUCGACAUGAGGGGCGUCGGUCGAUCCACCGGCAGGCCUUCUCUCACCGGUUCCUCUGAAGUCCAUGACGUCCUCUCUGUCUGCAAAUGGGUUUCCCUCAACUUGUCUUCCAAUCGUAUUCUCUUAAUUGGUUCCUCGGCAGGUGCGCCAAUCGCGGGCUCUGCAGUUGACCAGUUAGAGGAAGUUGUGGGUUAUGUGAGUUUGGGUUAUCCAUUCGGUCUUACUGCAUCCAUUCUCUUUGGGCGGCACCAUAAAGCUAUUCUACAAUCUCCUAAACCAAAGCUGUUUGUAAUGGGGACUCGGGAUGGGUUCACUAGUGUUAAACAGUUGGAGAACAAAUUGAAAUCUGCAGCAGGUCGCGUUGAAACUCAUCUACUGGAAGGAGUAGGCCAUUUCCAAAUGGAGGGACCUGCUUACGACACUCAGAUGGUCGAUCUCAUAAUAGGAUUCAUUAGGUCAUUGCAGAUCCAACCAGCUGAGACUGGUUCUCUCAAAUCAACAUCAUGAUGAAUGAACAUCCGCUACACCCACAAGGCCUCUUCUAGGUAUUCAACUUUGUAGCAAAAACAUUGGCUUUGUUUGUUUGUUGUUUGUGUACAGAACCAGGGAUUGGAGAUGGUUGACAUCCAUCUGUCUGGGGGAUCGUGCAGCUUACAAAACUGUGUAAUCUCAUCCGCAAGCUGCUUCAAUGAACAUGAUGCCGAUUUGCUAUUUAUAUGUGCUUUGAUUUGCAGGAUUGAGAUUUCAUUCAAACCAGUAGGAAAUCUACGCAUUUUUUUCUUUUUCGUUAUUUAUUUAUUGUGUACAAUGGAGAACAGACUUGCUAGUGAGGUAUAUGGGUUCUGGCUAGUGACCCAAUGAUUCAUGUCUAGAUUUUUAUUACCACAUAUUAUAAUGAAUGAGACAGAUAAAGAAA